AUGGCGACGGACGUCGUCAAAACAUUCGUGGAGACGUGUCUGUAUCUCCAGGACCCCCGGCUGGUGGCCAGGUUCCAGCACCUCUGCGGGGUCCGGGGGACGUUUCCGGAGAAUGCGAGCGAGCCGCGGGAGGACGUCCGCGACGACGGCCCCGGGCUCCGGAUGAGGAGCGCCGGGGACGAGGUCGGCAACGGGGCGGCCGUGCACGCCAACGGGACGGUCAGCGACCCCAAGCCCGAGGACCAGCGCACCGCCCGGGCCAAGCCCCUUCGCAGGAACUCGCUGACCGGCGACGUGGGCCAGGAGUUCCUGAUCCACAACAAGUUCCUCUUCUAUCUGUUCACCUUCGGCACUGAGCUGGGCAACGAGAUGUUCUUUAUCGUCUUCUUCCCCUUCGUCUUCUGGAACAUCGACGCCCUGGUCAGCCGCCGGCUCAUCGUGGUGUGGGCCUGGAACUUGAUGGUGGGUCAGUCCACCAAGGACAUGGUGCGCUGGUCCCGGCCGGCUUCACCUCCCGUGGUCAAGGUGGAGGUCUUCUACAACUCCGAGUACAGCAUGCCGUCCACGCACGCCAUGACGGGCACCGCCAUCCCCUUCUGCCUCUUCAUGCUCACUUAUGGACGAUGGCAGUACCCGUUUCUGUUGGGUUUGUGCGUGGCUUUGUGCUGGAGCGUCCUGGUUUGUGUGAGCAGAGUCUACAUGGGGAUGCACUCCGUUCUGGAAGUGAUCACCGGAUUCCUGUACACGCUCCUCAUCCUCGCCUUCUUUUCUCAAACCCUGGACAAAAUCGACAACUUCUACAUGACGCACGCGUACGCGCCGCUCGUCAUCGUGGCCUCGCACGUCAGCCUGGGACUGCUCGCCUUCUCGCUGGACUCGUGGAGCACCUCCCGCGGCGACACUGCGCAGGCGCUAGGCACCGGGGCGGGCGCCGCGCUAGGCACCCACGCUAACUACCAACUGGGCCUGAUGGCCGACCCCUCGCCGGCAGAGCUGCCGCUCGCGCUGCCCCCGCUGGGCGCCGGCGUGGUGGCGCACUCGCUAUUGCGCUUCGCCGUAGGAAUCGCUGUCAUUUUGCUAACCCGGAUGGUCAUGAAGGCCGUUACGAUACCGCUGCUGUGUCGGUUGCGCGGGCUUCCCGUCGAUGACGUGCGAAGGGCGCGACAGCACAUGGCGGUGGAGCUGCCGUACCGAUAUAUCGUGUACAGCGUGCUCGGGUUCACGUGUGUGUGCGUCGUGCCGCUCCUUUUUAGGCUCGUAUACCUAGCCUAA